AUGUCUGCAAAAGAAGAAGAAGAAAAUAUUAAGGUCGAACCCCAUCGCCGGGAUACCGAGGAUGCCGAUGGUGAAUUCACCUUCGAAGGAAGUAAUAAUGAUGAUGAUAAUACAAAGGUGGAUGAAACUCCUCUUGGUGAUAAAUCUGUAUCGGAUGGAGAGCAUGAUAGUAAGCAAGAAGAUGAAGACGAAAUUGAUUUAAAUGCUGUUCCUGAAGAACAAAUUGAACCGGAAGAAGCAGAAGAAGAAGAAGAAGACAAUGCUGAAUCAAACGAAUCGAAUAGAGUCGACGAACCGACAAUUGGUACAUCGUUUAGUGAUGUUGAUUUGACUAGAACACCAAUCGAUUUCGUACAAGAUCAUACUACUGCUAAGGCUGAAAGAGACAUUCCAAUUCCAAUUCCAAACGAAAUAGUCAAUCAAACCAAUAGGACUCAUUCUGAAGUAGAACAUGAUUUGAAAAACAUUACUGCUCCAGGUUUACCACCAAGGAAAAGCAUCGAGGCUGAAGCUGAAGCAAAGCCUGACGCCGAAAUGGCAACACCAUCUCUUCCACCAGUAUUACCUCCAAGAACAAACCUAGAAAAAAAUCUCAACGAGGGGAAGAAUGAACCUGGACUUACACCAUCACCUUCUCCUUCUUCAAUGGGAACCAAAUCAGGCCCAUCUUUACCACCAAGAAAAGUACCUCCUCCACCAAUAGAAGGGGAGCAAUCAUCCCUACCUCCACCGCCUCUACCACAUCGAGCAGCUACUACAUUACUACUUCAAAAUUACAACAAAAUGCACGAACAAACAGAUCAGAAGUUUGAAUUACCAAUCGGAUUUACCAUUACCGAUGAAAAUGUCCCUAAAAUAUGGAUUCAAUUCAUUCAAGCUCCAGAAUUCACUCUAGAUAAUCAUGGUAAGGCAUUAUAUACAGAAUUAAUUACAAAUGGAAUCUCCACAUCAAUCCGUCCCAUUGUUUGGCAAUGUUUCUCAAACGUAUGCACCAUCUCCAAGGACGAGUACAAUUCAUUCAUUCAGGGUGAUACUGAUAACAACAACAACGACGACUCCUCCAAAGUAAGACGCAUCAUUGACGCAUAUUUAAAAUCGAACAAUAAUUUAAUUUCAUAUUCAUCGGAAAUGGACUCAUACGUGGCUCCAAUUUUGGAAGCGUGCUCCAAUGAUGAUGAAUUACACACCUUCAGUCUUUUCACAAAAUUAAUGGAUGGCUAUGGAUUAAAGGGAUUAUAUCAUAAUAAUGUUGGGAUGGGUUUAUUACUUUAUUAUUAUGGUAGGUCAUUGGAAAUGAAUUGUCCUGAUCUUUAUAAUUAUUUGAUUAAAGUUGGAAUCAAAUCGAACAUGUAUGCCAAGGAUUGGUUCUUGACAUGCUUUGGCAAUGUCUUGAAAUUCGAUUCCCUUUGUAAAGCUCGUAUUUUGGAUGUUAUCUUUGCUGAAGGGUUGAAUUGUUUAGUGAGGUUUGCAGUUAUUCCAAUGAUUAAAAAUGAAAGUAAAUUGAUGGAUUUGGAAUUUGAUUCAAUAUUAACGUUUAUUAAAGAACAAAUAUUUUUACACUAUUACGAAAAUGGUGAAUCAACUGAAGAGGAUAAGGUUGAUAUGGAUAAUAGUCAAGAAGUGGAUACGGCUAGUGUUGUCCAUAUUAAUAUGAAUCAAGCAAUUUUCAAUAUUGAUAGAUUUAUUGAAGAAGCUAUGAAUGAAAUUGAAUUGACACCCAUGAUUAUAAAUAAUUUUACAAAUGAAUACGAGGAGAUACAUAGGAUGGAAAAGGAAAAGGAAGAAGCUUUUGAAAUGAUUAAAUCUAGAAAUAUGAAAUUACAAAGACAAGUUCAUAAACUAGAAGCAGAUUAUACGGCGUUAAAUAGAGAGCAUGUUAUGAUGGCAAACGAAUUAGUUAAGAAUAAACUAAAUAUCGCAGGGAUAGAAAAGGAAAAUUUAGAUUUAAGAUUAGAAGUUGUUAAGAUUAAGAAACAAAUUGAAGAAGAGAUCAAUUGCCAAAAGGCACAAAAUAAUGAUGAUGCAAUCCCAAAGAAAUUAGAGCAAGAAAUUGAGGCAACAUUAAAGAAAAAUGAGAAAGUAAUGAGACAAAAUUUAGUGUUUCAAGAUAAAAUUAAUGAAUUGGAAAGACAAGUGGAAGAAAUCAAGAUUGCCACGGAAAAUGGUGUUCCAUUAAGUGGCGAGGUAGAUUCUAGAAGGCCAGCUAUAUUGGGCUCAGGUUGGCAAGGUAUUAGGAAAGUGUUCAAAUAA